AUGAGCGCGACCACGCAAACAGAGCCGCCCACGCUCAAAACCGACACCGGCCUCACGGCGUCUACACAUAGCUCGACGAGCAGCGCAGAGCGAUAUCGCCUCGAUGAGUUCGACACAAAUCCCAUCCUGCUGUAUAAGUACAGAGGUGGGCUGCAGACUUCGUCGCAGAAGGAUCUGUGCGCAUGGCUGGACAAAGAUGAGAAUUUCCGCGUGACCAAGAAGUCCAUACCACGGUUAUGUUCUUACAUCGAUGUGAAGCGCCACGACCUCUAUCUACCAGAAGAGAAGGAACAGUACAGCAGUCUGCCCAACUUCGACUCUUCGCUCGCAUCCGUCAAGAUCCCGUCGCAGGCAUACUGGAGCAGGCUGUUCUUGGGAGGCUACGAUAACUUGUUCAUCGUGUCGCCUGAGACGAGUCCUAACUCGAGUGUCGCCAGCGGUGACAGCAAGCGCUCGAGUCCGACGUCGACUUGGGGCCAGAACAGCGAGGAAGACGCAAGGACUGGCGCAGCACAGGAUGCGCAGCAGUCGCAAUAG